GAGGCUGGAAUGGAAUCUUCCAGAAGGGGCUGACUACCGCUGGCUGCCAAACUCUGAAAGAAAUUUAGAUGAGGACUGCUUCGAGGUGACCAGGGAUGCAAUGUUUCACUUGGGCAUUGACCGCUCCACGCAGAACAAUAUUUUCAAGGUGUUGUCAGGUCUUCUCCAUCUUGGGAAUAUUCAAUUUUCUAACCCACUAGAUGAAUCUCAGCCUUGUGAACUAGAAGACAAGACCAAAGGUGAGGCAACAAGCAUGCCAUACUCUACAGAGUACCUUCUUCUGGGUUUGGGUAAAAAGAUCCAAAAUCCCACGUUUAAGUUAGUGAGUUCACAGAAGUGCCAUUUUGUGAUAUCACCUCUAGACCUUCCAUAACUUUAAAGGGGCUGCAUUCAUUUGACACUCCAGAUAAUCUUCCAACAUUUUUUUUGCCUG